GGUGAUGAAUGUAAACCUGUGUAGGAAUAUCAGAGUUGUUGUUGUUUUUUGGCUAGAAAUUAACGACAUGGCGUAACCCCCCCCCCCCAAACAACAACUUUACUCUCAUAGUUAAUGAACUAGGAACUGUACAGCUCCAUGACCAAAGCUAAUUAAUUCAGCAGCAAUGUAGUUAUGACGUUUUAUAAUAAUAAUAACUCUUCUAAAUAGAGUUAUGUAGUUAGCACUUGUAUGACUGUUGGUGUUUAGUUUUCAUUUUUAUUCACAGCAGUCAGAGCUGCACUUCAGUGAAAUCUCUCCAGUGUGUCUGAGUUUCCUCGUCGCUCUUUCUGUCUGUUGUGGGACAGACAGGACAGGACAGGAGUGAUGAUGUUCACGGAGUGUUAUGAGGACACUUGCUCGGCGGUGGCGCUGGCAGUGAGGAGAGGAGAGGCCAGACUGCUCCAGAGACUCCUGAGGAAAGGCCACUCGGUGGAUGUGAAAGAUAACCGCGGCUGGAGCGCUUUACAUGAAGCUGCUGCUGGUGGACAUGCGCAGUGUGUGCGCCUCCUGCUCACCGCUUCCGAUAGCUGUGAAGACUAUGUGAACUCGCUGACUCACAACUCUGAAACACCUCUGUAUUUUGCGGCAAAGAACGGCCACCUCCGUGCAGCACGGCGACUCAUAAGGGCUGGGGCAGAUCUCAACAAGAUGUCCAAUGACCUCUCCAGCCCACUCUUUGCGGCUGUGGAUAGCGGACAUAAAGAAAUCGUGGAGCUGCUGGUCAGCGAAGGAGCAGAGGUUAAUGGAACACACUUCAUCUCGGGUUGGUCCUGUCUUCAUCAGGCUGUAUACAAGGGCCACACAGAGAUUGUAAAAUUUCUGGUAAGUGUGUGUUCUCUUGAAGCUGUGGAUGACUACGGGAUCACGCCAUUGUUCGUUGCUGCACAGUAUGGACAUCACCAGUGCUUGGAGAUCCUUGCCAAUGCUGGUGCGAAUGUGAAUUGCCAAGCGAAGGACAUGGCCACCCCGCUGCUUAUUGCAGCUCAGGAAGGCCAUUUAUCAUGUGUGGAACAACUUCUGGCCCAUAAGGCAAACCCAAACCUCUACUGCAACGAAGACCAGUGGCAACUUCCCAUCCACGCCGCAGCCCAGUUCAGACGCAUCAGUAUUCUAGAGAAAUUGAUCCCGGUAACGAACCGAGAGUGUGACCGGGGCGAGGGAAAGGUCAGUCCAGUGUAUCUGGCAGUGCUUAGUGGUCAAGCAGAAAGCCUCCGGCCUCUGCUCAGAGAGGGCUACAGUCCAGACGCUCAGAGCUGCAGGGAGUUUGGAUAUUGCUGCCCGCUGGACAUGGCUCUCUGGUGUAACUCUUGGAAUGUGAGCAGUGAAUUCCUCCAGAGUCGAGAAAUCACAAAGAUGCUGCUGGCUGCUGGAGCUCAUGUCAGUCUGGCUACAUACAUAUUGACAUUGCAGGGCCAUGUACCUGAACAUCUGUCGCUCAUCCUGGAAUAUUCUGGCCUGCCUAAGGGUGAGCAGCUGGAGGCGCUAGUUCAGGCAGCGCUCAGCAAAGUGGCCCAUGCUUCAUUUUGGCUUCCACUGCUGCUCAAAGCAGGACUAGACCCCCUGCUUCUCCUUCAGCAGAAAAUGAUAGAAGAGGCUGAAUCCAGAAUACUUAAUUUUUUGCUGGAGUUUAUUAAUUGGAAGACCCUGCCCUUGAAAUUGCUUCACAUCCUCACUCAGCGCAGAGCAAAGGGCACUUGGACGCCGCAGAAGUAUUUUGAGAGUGUUCCUGAUCUGACUCAUCUGUGUAGACUUGCUGUAAGAACGAUAGUGGGCAGCGAUGCUUUGUCUAAACCCUCCUUUGUUCGCCAGCUGCCUGUUCCCACACUUCUGCAAGACUACCUCCAGUUUAAUGACAUUUCGAGUAAUUACACCUUCAUGGCCUGAGCUAACGGAGAGGUGGCUAAUUAAGUGAUCACACAUGUUCCACUCAUAGUAUUUAGUAUAUAUGUUAAUAAAACUGUUGAACACUGCUGAAA